AUGGGCUAUCGAUCAGAAAUGCAACAACACGUUAAGCCCAGUAAAAGUGAUUGGGAUCUACUUAACCAGAUAUUUAGUUUAGAAUAUGAAUUAAUAGACAACAAUUCUGAUCAAUCUAAAUUAGAUAAACUAAAAAGACCUAUCGACCAAAUUGACAGUUUGAAAUUAACCAACCUUUGUGAACAACUCAUCAACAACCUUGCUUUGAAACGCAUACAGCAAAUAAGAGACACAGGCAAACACCAACAAAUAGCAACCCAGCAACAACAACAACAAAUUACAAAUAUACAAUCACCUUCUCAAUCAUCUACACCAUCAUCAACACUAUCCUCUUCAACAUCAUUACACUCAUCGAAUAACUAUAUAGUUAGAGCAUCACCCAGUAAAUAA